UGCUCUGUCAGAAAGAAAACCACAGAUGUCUCAGUGGUAUAAAUAUGAGUGUCUCUGCUGGCACAGAUCAAAGUGAACAAAGACUACACUCAAGAACAUGAGUAUCCAGCACAGCCUACUUCUCUUCCUCGCUUUGGUAGCAAAUGCACAUGCAGCCUUGUCAGGAGAUGAAAUCAUCAAUGGGAAGAAAGCCAAAGAUGGUUCCUUGGAAUACAUGGCAUCGGUGCAGAUUGAUGGCACCCAUAGGUGUGGAGGAUUCCUUAUUGACCCCAACUUCGUUCUUACGGCUGCACACUGUGACAAAAGUGGUGAGAUGACUGUUGUCCUUGGCACACAUGGCAUUAAGGGAAAUGUUAAAAAACACAAGGUGGACACCAAGAUUAAGCAUGGAUCAUACAAAAGCUCCUUGACUGGAAACGACAUAAUGCUAUUAAAGUUAGUCAAACAGGUGAAAUUAGGCAAAGGGGUGAAAGUAGUUAAUAUUCCAAGAAACGACAAACCAGUUAAGCAACCCACAAAGUGCUCAGUUGCUGGUUGGGGUUCCACUGCAAACAGCAACAAGAAGGCAUCAGAGGAUCUGCAGGUUGUAAACGUGACGACCAUUGACACAGAGGAAUGCAAAAACGUGUGGAAGGAAGCAAAGGUGACUCUGCCAGCCAAGGUCAUGUGUGCUGGAGGAUAUGAGACCAAGAAAGGGGCCUGCCAGGGUGAUUCAGGGGGACCACUGGUGUGUGACAAUGUGGCAGUUGGCAUUGUUUCAUUCAACCUCAGGCAAGACUGUAACUAUCCUAAUGUUCCCAAUGUCUACACACAGAUCUCAAAAUUCUUGCCCUGGAUUAAUGAAACCAUCAAAGUCCAUUCUUGAAGGUAUAGAUCCAGACUUCUGACAAAAAGUUGUUUGAUAUUUAAACUCAACAGGCAGUUAAAUUACAACACCCCUCCUGACAUCCCUUCUGUGCUCCUGACAUUUCUUAGAUAGAUACUUUAUUGAUCCCCAGGGGAAAUUAUAGUAGUUUAUAUAGUUCUUAUAGUAGUAGUUUCUUAUAGUAGUUAAUGCACUGAUUACAUUUGUUAUUAGAGGUGUCACGCAUCUCACUAAAUACUCCAUCUCUCUGGGCAUUCAACUAUUCACAAAUAUGUCAAAUGAUGUAAAAAGUAAAAUCACCAUGAGUGAAAGUUUCUUGCACUUCCAAUAAA